AUGUGGAAUGUUGCUACUGACGGGCCCCCUCCGGAAGGUUUUACUAUAUGUACCAACGAUGCAGGCAUCACUAUACUGCGCAGAAAGAGACAGAGAAAUUUAAAUAAACUCGGUAUUGGUGGGUUCGUUGUACGACAGAGACAAGCUACGUUAAAGGCUCAAGCUGAGGAUGAGAAAGAUGGAGAUGGCACUCAAGCUGGAGAAUCGCCAGGUAAUAAGAGAAAGCCGCGUCGGAAACCACGGUCUAAGCUUAUGGAACAAUUUCCAUCGUACAUGCAGGAAGCUUUCUUUGGAAAAGACCUUUUGGAACCCAGUAAACAAACGGUCACUUCAACAGGUAAUUAA